AAAGACUUCUAUCUAAUCCUCUAUAUUAAUAAAUUAUUAGUCUAUACUUAUAAAGUUAAGUUGUUUACUAAAUUAGAUAUUUAUAUAAUCUUUAAUAAGAUCUACAUAGACUCUAACUCUAAGAAAUAUACUACGUUCUAUACUUACUAUAAAAUCUAUAAAUUAAAGAUAUUGUCUUUUAGACUAUAUAAUAGUUCUACUAUAUAUUAG